AUGUCCUCGACCUCGCCAGACGCUGCAUCCCUCCUCAAUAUCAAUACACUCUUCGAUAAUCCUCUCUUCGCCGGUGGCAUCGGGCUCGCAUCCAUCGGCGCCGUAGCCGCGUUUGGCCGCAAGGGCGUCCUCAUCGCCGCGGGCGCCGCGCGCCGCCGCCUCCUCGUCAAUGUCGAGAUCAGCAAGCAAGACCCCGCCUACCCAUGGAUCCUCGCCUGGCUCUCACAGCCGCGGCCGACCCCGGGCUUUGUCGCGUCGCGCAUCACGCGCAUCCACAACCUCUCCGUGCAGACGACCACGGCGGGCGCCCGAGGUGGUGCGCUUAGCGGAGGGGGCCCCGGUCCAGCACACUUCUUCCUGCAGCCCGGAUACGGACGCCAUGUGAUCAAGCACAAGAACGCGUACAUUGCCGUCAAUCGCGAGAAGCACAAUACGGCAAACAUGAACACGGGAGAGCCGCACGAGGUUGUGCAGCUGACGGCGCUGUGGGCGCACCGACACAUUUUUGAAGACGUGUUCGCCGAGGCGCACAUGCUGGCGGCAAAGGCGCAGGAGGGCAAGACGAUUGUGUACUCGGCGAGGGGCAUGGACUGGGCGCCGCUGGGAGAACCGAGGAAAAAGAGGCCGCUGGCGUCCGUGGUGCUAGACGAGGGCGUCAAGGAGGGCAUCGUCGACGACGUCAAGGACUUUAUGACGCGACAGCAGUGGUACGUCGACCGGGGCAUCCCCUACCGGAGAGGCUACCUCCUGUUUGGUCCGCCUGGCAGUGGCAAGAGCUCGUUCAUCCAAGCGCUGGCGGGCGAGCUGGACUUUAGCGUGGCCAUGGUCAACCUCAGCGAGAUGGGCAUGACGGACGACAAGCUGGCUUUUCUCCUGACGAAGCUUCCGAAGCGCAGCAUACUGCUGCUGGAAGAUGCGGAUGCGGCGUUUGUCAACCGGCGACAACGCGACACGGACGGCUACAACGGUGCGACAGUCACCUUCUCUGGACUGCUCAACGCACUGGAUGGCCUGGCAGCGGGAGAGGAGCGCAUCGCGUUCCUGACGACGAACCACAUCGAUCGCUUGGACCCUGCGUUGAUUCGACCAGGGCGUGUAGACAUGAUGAUGCGAAUCGGCGAGGCGUCAAGGCACCAGGCAAGCCAGAUGUGGGAUCGAUUCUAUGGCGACAUCGACGUUGACGGGUCGGCUCGCGAGAGGUUCCUUGCCAGGCUCGAUGAGCUUGGAUUGUUUGGCAAUGGCCAGGAUGACGAAACGAGACACCGGCACACGAGCACGGCAGCCAUCCAGGGCCUCUUCCUGUUCAACAAGAACGACAUGGAGGGGGCCAUUGAGAUGGCGCAGGGGCUGAUUCCCCGGAAGUUUGAGCCUGGUGAUGCUGUGCCUGACGGGGCCAUCAAGACGCGGGCGUGA